AUGUCGUUCCAUCCCCAGACUCCCCAAAGCCCCUCGCAAUUCUCGCCCGCCACGUCGUCGGAUCCCUCUCUCGGCUCAUCCGGCUCUGCGGCUGCUGCAGGAACAGGAACGACGACUUUGCCGACUCCCGCACACAGCGUCAACGGCUCCUCCCAGCUGGACUCCAUGAUGCUCGACGAUUCGCCGCACAAGCGGAAGCGGCCUCUCGAAGAUGUAGGCGACGACCGCGAGCUGAAAAAGGCUCACGUGGACGACUACAAGCUCGCCAUUGAAGACCUGCACCGAGAUGUUGGCCAUAAAUAUCUCCUUCUUCAAUCUCCGCAUCCCGAGUCUUUUCCUAGGACAUCGGAAGAUCUUUAUGAGAUGUACGACUUGGUCGAUCUGGCCACCGAAGUCGCCAGAGAAAAGCCAAACGGCGAGAAGAACGCGCUCCGUAAGACGUACAAGGGUCACAUCAAGCGCCUGGGCGUCACUGGACACUUUGAUGUUGCAAAGAAGAACGACGACGCACCCUCAGACUUUUUAUCCAUGCUGCAGGUUCCCGACCAUGAAUGGAACGUCCAUCAAGUCAAGGGUCGAUUUCUUAUGGAUGGCUUAUCAGACGUAACCAAAUCGACCUUGGGUCGCGCGAUGACUAUGGCUAAGGGCCAGGUGCCGAAAUCCUUUUGGGACUCGUCAGUGUUGGGGGAUAUUGGCCCAUCUAAUGGUGAUAGUUCCAAGGCACCGUCCGCGAAACCUACGGCGCCUAACACGCCCCUGAUAUCCAUGUCUGGGGCGGCCGCCAUGGGCAGGCCCAAGUCUCAACUGUUACCCGGCCAAAAUCCCGCACGACCUCAGCGGAGCGUCAAGAAGCGGUCAUACGGCGAUAGCAGCUAUGAAGGAUAUGGUGAAGGCUUUCCCGACGACGACACUGGCCUAGAAACAGGCUACUCUACGGGGGAAGGUGAAGGAGGCCAGAAGCGCCGCAAGAAGGCAAGCUAA